AGUUGGACAUCUUUUGUGGUCGACGUUUGGUAAGGAAAUAACACCAGGUUUAUGCUACGAUCUGGUUGGUUUUUACUUCAGCUGGAUAUUUUUGCUAUUGGCUAACCCAAGUGCCUCCAAAGACGUGCUGAUUUUAGCGGCGAUGCAUUCACUUCAAACCAUGUCGAAAGCUCCGACUCAACCUGCCAACCUUCCUCCUCUUCAAAAUCUUCCUUCUUGGUCUAGAAACUCUUUGGGAAGGAGAAAACAGAGGCGGCCCAUCAUUCGUGACCGCUUGCAGCCCAUAAAAUCAAUUAGGGAAGAAAUGGAUGAAAUCUCAGAGGACAGAUCGAACGAGUUGUCAAAUUUCUCAGGAAGGAUUGUUUCUGCUCCUUCUCGGGGACACGGACUCGAACAAACCCAGAGACUGGAUAACAUAGAAAAAAGACUAGAAUAUCUUCGCACGCAACACGCCGAAACUUUAACAAAUUUACAUAAUGAAAUAGAACGAUUAAAGGCUGAAAACAAAGAGCUAAAUUUUAAACUGGUAAUGGCUCGGACGGGAGUAAACCUAUCCAAAGAAGAUGAGACAUCUCCUAGCUCUGUGGAAAGUGAUACAUUACAGUCUGCAGACUUAGCUGAAGGUGAUCAACUUGAGGGAGUUCACAAUGUUGAAGAGAAGAAAAAUGAUAAAAAUCUGCCUUCUCAGCAGGCACAGACAGUUAAAGAAUCUUCCAACACAAAUACAACACAAGAAGUGUCAAACUCAAGUGCAAAAAGGAAUAAAAGUUUUGGACAUGGAUCUGGAAAAAUGCCUCUUGCAGCCAAAUCAACACCCUCCCCUCCUGUGUCAGCCAAAGGCCCAGUCAUCAAACCUAAGAGUUCUGGAAAAAAGAAAGCAAAAUUGUACAACCGGCAAGAAAAACAGACAAAUUUAAGUUCAAAUUCCCCUCAAGCUCUCAAGUUAUCCUCUACUUCACCUGCACCAGUAAAGCAGGGGAUUCCCCUAGGGCAAUCAGUUCUGGUUGUCACAAUAAAGGAUAAGCAUGUAAAAGUUCACAUGCCGUCAGACAGUGCCCCACGGUCACCAACCUUAGUGGAGUGUAAAGCUAUCAUUAAACAUCAACAAGAAACAAACAAAAGGCAAGAACAGGAGCUUUCGAAACUAAAGUCAGACUUGAAUGAUGCCCUUUACUCUGACAAGUGGUCACCAGAUACAUAUCUCGUAACCAAGUCCUAUGUUACAGAUGAUGCACCAACCAAUACAAGACAAAACACUCCUGCUUCUAGAUCUUUACCACGGUUGCAUUCUAGAGAUCAGAUGCGUUCAGGAAGGUUGACAGCUGGGCAAAUGCAUGUUGUUCAAGACAGUGUAUCUCUUCCAGUUCUUCGCCCCAAUGGUGCAGCAAAUGUUGCUGAUAGGAAACGUCGACAGCAGGCAUUAGUUAGAGGAAGAGGCAAAAAGGACCUCUAUUAAAUUAUGUGUCAAAAUUAUUGAUCAGCAAUCAAAUUAAUAUUCUUCCCUUAAAAGAUGAUACAUUUUUUAUGGUAGAGCUAGAAUAUUUCCCUAAUUAGUCAAUAGUCACUCUUUUGCCCAUUGUGCACUUGUAAAUAUCUUUUUUUCCUUACAAUGAUAGAUUUUUCAAUCCUUUACAUUUUUCUUCUUGGUCUAUACUACUGCAGUAGUACCAUUAAAUACAGUACAUGGGGUGAAGAAUUAUUUAAUAAAGUUAUUUAAAUUGAAAU